CAGAAAGGUAGGAUGUGUGUAAAGGCCCUAUUCAUCGAAAUGGUACGGGCCAAUUUUGUGAUGUAACACGUGACAUGUCGGAUGGGCUGGGUGACAACCAAAUGUAUUGAGAAACAUGGCAGAGAAGAAUAAAGCUCUGGUGGACAUUCCUGCUGUCAGCAUGCCAAUUGCAUGCUCCAUCAAAACUUGAGACAUCUGUGGUGUUCUGACGACACCUGCACAUUUUAGUGCCUUUUUUAUUGUCCCCAACACAAGAUAAGAGUGAGGAGACCUUUGAAGUCAUGGACGUAGUAGAGUAUGCCAAGAAACAGAGAUGGUGGAACAAAGUAUUUGGCGAGAACUCUGGGCCCGUAGCAGAGAAGUAUAAUGUUGCCACUCAGCUUGCCAUUGGUGGAGUGUCUGGCUGGUGUGCAGGGUAUUUGUUCCAGAAAGUUGGGAAGCUGGCAGCUUCGGCAGUGGGUGGUGGCUUCUUUUUCCUUCAGAUUGCCAAUCACACAGGAUACAUCAAAGUGGACUGGAAGAGGGUGGAGCGUGAUGUAAACAAUGCCAAGAAGCAGCUGAAGUUGAAUGCAGAAAAGCCCACUAAGGAAGUCAGGACAAAAGUGGAUGAGGUGCAGACAUUUGUGAAGAAGAAUAUUAUCCUCACAGGAGGUUUUGCUGGGGGAUUUCUGCUGGGCUUGGCCUCUUAAGAGCCUCUCAUUUCGGUCUUUACUUAAUAUUUUUGUCUCAUACAAGGCUGAAAACAGCUUAAACCUAAGCAGCUAUCUAGAUAUGUAAGUAGACUCCAUUGAUAUCAUAUGUCAAGCAAAUUCAUAGGCUUGGUGGGUUUUUGGGCAUGUGUCAAUUUGAAAACAGCCUUUUAGAUACUAUGUCUGUGGUUAAAGUUUAUGCAUGGUCUAUGCACAUAUGGCAGGAGCAUUGGCUUUAAUUUUUCUACAGGUUGUUUUGGUAUGGUACUUAUUUGAGAGAUUUUUCAGAUCCACUUCAAUAGUUUUAUCUGUAUGCAUUCAGAUGGAACUCAGGGUUCUCCCCAGGAAUUUUUUUAAACAAGGUGUUUCUGCUGAGUAUGGCUGGGGGGUGGCCCGGAGAGGUGUAGUGCCCCCCUUUGGACUCUGUUUAUUUAUUUAUUUAUGACGCACCUCUAACUGCCAUUUCCUGCAAUCUAGAGAAAAAAUGGCCUAUGAUACAUAGUGGAGCAGCACCUUUUACAUUCUUUGGGGAGAACCCUAGAACUGGAGCAAAGCCCUUUAACGUGUUUUGUAACAUCCUUCAUUUUCUAAGUUAAGAUCAACAAGGUUGUUAUGUGUUUAAAUGUUACUUCAAACCGAAGGGUUUGAGUUAAAAGCAUGUACAUGUAUGAGUAAAUAUUGUAUGACAGGACUAGGCCACAGUAACACAAGUUUGAAUGGUAUUUGAAGUUAUAUUCUUACCUGAAAAUCAGUGACUUUUCAAAGUAUAACUCAAAGAAAAUCAUGGGUGCAUAUUAACCGUCCCCAAUAGUAUUGACUUAUGCAGUGCAGGAGGUUCGUGUGUGAAGUAUUUAUUUGAGACCAAGGAGUGAGACGGCAAGACUGGACAUAUGAUUUGGCUUUCUAAUUCCCUGCUUAAGAGUGAGGCGUGUCAUGUGUGUAAGUACAGGCUGUGCGCAUUAUCAAAAGCUAGGGUGUAUUCAUUAUUUGGAUUCUGUUGUAAAAUGUAGUGCAACGGAACCUGUUUACUCCAAACGGAAAAUGUUUUGCAGUGAAAACAAGUUUGUUCUUUCUGAAAAAUUCAGGUAGGUUCUGUUUGCUUCCUCGUAAAUGUUUUUUGUUGCAGAGCUUUUUGCAAUAGACAACAUUUUACAACAAUCAGGCUAAUGAAUACACCCAGCAUACAAGGCUUCUGUUUAACAAACUAUGGACAAUUAUGAAUGUAAUACAUGGAAGAUAUCAAUAGCCAUUUGUAUGGAACAUAUGGGAUGACAAAUACACUGAUAGAAAUUA